UCGAUCGGUGAGCUGCGCGCAAACGCAAAGCAGACUAAGUAAAGCGGGCAGCAUACGCAGACGCAGCAGCGGUAAAACCUAAUAAAAGCUAAGACUGAGUCAGCAUUUGUGCGCGUGUGUGGGCGUUAGCCAUGCCCAUUUGCAAGAGCACGCCGUCAACGGCAACAAGCAAAAAGAGCAGCACAGAUAUAUCCGCCGAUCAUGUUACGGAGGCGGCCCAAGUGAAGCGCACUCGUGAGCAGGCCUACUUCAAUUCCUAUGACUUCGAUGCCAUCGAGGUGCUGCCCUAUGACGAUGAUGAAGACGAUGAUGAGCCGGCUGCGGUUCAUGCUGGCGGCGGCGGUGGCGGCAGUCGCGCCAGCAGCGGUCGCUACUCCGCACACAGUGGCAGCAAUAAGUAUGCCUAUCAGCUGCAGCAGCGCCUGGGCAAUUUUUUUGGCCAUAAGUACAAAUGA